AAUUUGUGCGAAUUUGUUGCAUGUUGAAGUAGGAGUUGUGGCUGCUAAUUUUUGUAGUCAAUAUGUUAUUUCUUAAUCGCAAUUAAUAAAUCUAAAAGUUUUGUAUCGUUUUCAAGACGAAUCGUGCGAAGCAUAGAUUGCGAACGCUCAUUUAGUACAUCCAUCAAAAUGGCUGAUAUAAAGACUAUGUUUAAUAAGAUGAACAAUGGAACAACAGAGGCUGGACCUGCAAAAAGCCAAAAAGCAACAAUUGAAAAGAUUUAUCAAAAGAAAUCUCAACUUGAGCACAUUCUUCUACGGCCUGACACCUACAUUGGAUCUGUUGAACGGUCCACUGAGACUAUGUGGAUCUUUGAUAAAAGCAAAGAGUGUAUGGUACAAAAAGAAAUAACUUAUGUGCCAGGUUUAUACAAAAUAUAUGACGAAAUUCUCGUAAAUGCUGCGGACAAUAAGCAAAGAGAUCCUAAAAUGGAUGUUAUUAAAAUUGACAUAAAUCAAGAACAGAAUACUAUAUCUGUAUACAACAAUGGAUGUGGUAUUCCAGUUGUUAUGCAUAAGGAUGAGAAAAUGUUUGUCCCAACAAUGAUAUUUGGACAUCUCUUAACAUCAUCUAAUUACAAUGAUGAAGAGGAAAAAGUAACUGGUGGCCGUAAUGGCUAUGGUGCUAAAUUAUGUAAUAUUUUCUCAACUAAAUUUACUGUUGAAACUGCAUCCAAACAGUACAAGAAACAUUUUAAACAGACAUGGGGUGGGAACAUGACAAAGGCUUCUGAACCUAAAGUGAAAGAAUCAGGAAAAGAUGAUGAUUUUACAAAAGUGACAUUUAGCCCAGACCUGGAAAAAUUCAAAAUGGAAAAGUUAGAAGAUGACAUUGUCGCGUUAAUGUCAAGACGUGCGUAUGAUGUAGCUGCCUCUUCUCCAGGAGUGAAAGUCUAUCUGAAUGGAGAGAGACUCAAAGUGAAUAAGUUUAAGGAUUAUGUAGACCUUUAUAUCAAGGGUAAAGAAGAUGAGAACGGGCAACCAUUAAAGGUUGUUUAUGAAAAAGUUAAUGACCGUUGGGAAGUAGCACUUACUCUAUCUGACAGAGGAUUCCAACAGGUUUCAUUUGUGAAUUCUAUUGCGACCACCAAGGGUGGUAAACAUGUAGAUUCUGUAGCUGAUAGUGUUGUCAAGAAUGUAUUAGAAGUGUUAAAAAAGAAAAAUAAGGGUGGUGUUAAUAUUAAGCCAUUCCAAGUAAAAAAUCAUAUGUGGGUGUUUAUCAACUGUCUUAUUGUUAACCCAACCUUUGAUUCACAAACUAAAGAAAAUAUGACACUCCAAGCUAAGAGCUUUGGUUCGAAAUGUAAUUUUUCAGAGAAAUUCAUAACAGCUGUGUCCAAAUGUGGCAUUGUUGAAGCUGUUUUGACAUGGGCCAAGUUCAAAGCUCAGACUGAACUUGUGAAGGCAUCAGGAAAAAAACAGAGUAAACUUAAAGGUAUACCCAAAUUAGAAGAUGCUAAUGAAGCAGGAACAAAAAAUUCUCAUUUAUGCACUUUGAUUCUUACUGAGGGAGACUCAGCCAAGACUUUGGCUGUAUCAGGACUCAGUGUGGUAGGACGAGACCAUUUUGGUGUUUUUCCAUUGAAGGGUAAACCAUUAAAUGUAAGAGAUGCCUCACACAAACAAGUUCUUGAAAAUGUUGAAAUAAAUAAUUUAAUUAAAAUACUUGGUCUACAAUAUAAAAAGAAAUACAAUACAAUGGAUGACCUGAAGACACUAAGAUAUGGUAAAGUUAUGAUAAUGGCUGAUCAAGAUCAGGAUGGCUCCCAUAUUAAAGGGUUAUUAAUAAACUUCAUUCAUCACAACUGGCCAGAACUAUUAAAAUUACCAUUUCUAGAAGAAUUUAUUACACCUAUAGUUAAAGCAACCAAAAAAAACACAGAAUUGUCAUUUUAUUCACUUCCAGAAUUUGAGGAAUGGAAGAAUGAAACUGAGAAUUAUCACACAUAUAAUAUAAAAUACUACAAAGGUUUGGGUACCUCCACUGCUAAGGAGGCUAAAGAAUAUUUCCAAAAUAUGGACAGACACAGAAUAAGAUUCAAGUACUCAGGGGCAACGGAUGACCACCAUAUAGAAUUAGCAUUCUCUAAGAAAGGAGCUGAUCAACGUAAAGAAUGGCUGACAAGUCAUAUGGAAGAGGUGAAAAGACGAAAGGAGAUUGGCUUACCAGAGCGAUAUUUGUAUACAAAGGAGACAAAAUCUGUCACAUACUCUGACUUUGUUAAUUUGGAGUUGGUUCUUUUUUCGAAUGGUGACAAUGUCAGAUCUAUUCCAUCAAUGAUGGAUGGCUUGAAGCCAGGACAACGUAAAGUGAUAUUUACUUGCAUCAAACGUAAUGACAAGCGCGAGGUAAAGGUUGCACAACUAGCUGGUUCUGUUGCGGAGCACUCUGCUUAUCAUCAUGGUGAACAGUCACUUGCUAUGACUAUAGUAAACUUGGCCCAAAACUAUGUGGGAUCAAAUAAUAUCAAUUUGCUGGAGCCAAGAGGUCAGUUUGGUACCAGACUGUGUGGUGGAAAGGAUUCGGCCAGCCCGAGAUACAUAUAUACACUGAUGUCUCCGCUUGCUCGCCUCAUAUUUCAUCCACAUGAUGACCCUUUGCUAGUGCAUGAAUUUGAAGACAACCAAAAAAUUGAACCAAUUUAUUAUGUUCCUAUAUUGCCAAUGGUAUUGGUAAAUGGAUCAGAAGGUAUUGGCACUGGCUGGUCCACCAAAAUUGCUAAUUACAACCCGAGGGAUAUUGUUGAGAAUAUUCGUCGUAUGUUAGAUGGGGAAGAGCCUAAACCAAUGCACCCUUGGUACAAAAACUUCCGCGGUACUAUCGAGGGCUUUGGUGAUAAAUACGUAAUCUCCGGAGAAGCAGCUGUCUUGGGAAAUGACAAAAUUGAAAUAACAGAACUUCCGGUUGGCACAUGGACGCAGAAUUACAAAGAAAAUGUCCUUGAACCCAUGCUUGGCACUGAAAAAGUCAAACCACUUAUAUCAGAAUACAGGGAAUAUCAUACCGAUACAACGGUGCGCUUUGUCGUAACGUUGCUUCCAGGCAAGUUGAGUGAGGUAGAAGCGGAUGGUAUACACAAGGUGUUCAAACUGCAGACCACAAUAUCUAUGACUUGCAUGAAUGCAUUUGAUAACAACAACUGCUUGAAAAAGUAUGAGAAAGUAGAGGAGAUACUUCGCGAGUUCUAUUCAGUGCGUGUGAAGUACUAUGCCAGACGUAAACAAUAUCUCGAGGGACAAUUACAAGCUGAGGCUGAUAAGCUUUCCAACCAGGCCCGCUUCAUUUUGGAAAAGUGUGAUAAAGGACUGGUGGUGGAAAAUAAGAAACGGAAGGUUAUGGUGGAGGAACUCAUUAAAAGAGGAUAUGCACCUGAUCCAAUUGCUGAUUGGAAGAAAAAGGCAGCCAAAAUGCAAGGUCUGGUCGCACUUGAAGAGGAAGAGCCUGCCGAAUCUGAAGAUGAACCAGAGCCGGAGGUAGAUGCAAAAGGAAAGCCUGUUGAUCCUGAAAAAGCAUUCCAGCAACUGAAAGAAGUGAAAAAGUACAACUAUCUGCUGGGAAUGUCAAUGUGGAUGUUGACAAAGGAAAAAAAAGAUGAAUUGCUCAAGCAGAGGGACCAGAAACUUUCAGAACUGGAUGCUUUAAAAAAGAAGACUGAGACAAUGCUGUGGCAGGAGGAUCUUGAUGUGUUCCUGGUGCGGCUCGAUGAACUGGAAGAGAAGGAGCGCCAAGAGGAGGCCACGGUCAACAGGAAGACAUCAAAGGCUAUGAUGGACAGGUUCAAGGCGGCCAAUAAGAAGAACAGAAAAUCCCUGAUGGACAUUGUACCUUCAGAAAAUGGUAGACGAAUUGAGCCAAAGAUAUCUGAGGACAUCAUCAAGAGGAUACAGGCCGCUGAGAAAGCCAAGAUCAAGAAGGAAGUGAAGAAGGAGUAUGAUCCGGAUGACCCGACGGCGAUCAGUUCCUCCUCAGCAGAAAAGAAACCAAAGGGUCGCGUAAAGAAAGAGAAGGUGGAGAAGGAGAAACCAGACAAGGGUGAGAAGGGCGGCCUCAAGCAGACCAAGUUAACAUUUAAGAAGGAACCCAAAAAGAAGAUAACAAUGAGCGGCAGCAGUUCGGGUGAACUGUCGGGCUCCGACGUGGAGCUGCCGACUGAGCCUCCCGCGCCCCGCGAGCGACAGGCGGCGCGCCGGGCUGCCACCAAGGUGCAGAAAUACAAGGAUUCAGAGGAGUCCGCGUCAGAUUCCGAACCCGAGCUUCUGGACAACAACCUGCAGGGCGGAGACAACGACGAGCCACAACGUGCCAUGUCGCUCAGCGAGUCCGACGAAGACGACUUCAACGUUAAGAAGAACAAGAAUAAGAAGCCCGCCGAAAUGGAUUCUGAUUGUUUAUUCGACUCGUUAAUAGAAGAGGCGAAAAAAGAAAGUCCUCCAGCUAAACCACCCGCAGAAACCCAAACAGUAUUAUCCAGUGACGAUGAACCACCAUCACCCGAAAAGAAACCCGCAAAGAGAAAACUAAUGACUGUGGAUAAAAGUGAGAAAGAGAGGGCCAAGAAAAAACUUAAAACUGCUGUCAGUGUGGAUUCUGAUGAUGACAGUAUAUUUGAUACAAGAAAGACGAAGAAGACCACAAAAGCACCUGCGAAAAAGACAAAGAAGACGAAGAAGAUGUCGAGUGAUGAGGACAGCGAUGUUGAGAUAUCGGGGUCACCGCCCGCGCCCGCUCGUAGCGCCCCCCGCGCCCGCAAGCCAGUGUACAACUUCAGCGACGGAUCUGACAGCGAGUAGGGCGUUACUGUACGGCCGUGUACAUGAGAAGCUAGUAUUAUUUAUUGUAAAUAGUCUUCGUUUAAGUUUAGACAAUUUCCGCGUUAGACAAAACCGGACUUUUAUAAAAUGCGAAUCUUGGACACUUUGUGCAACCAGUGAUAGAACAUGAUAUUAUUAUUGUUAACAUACUGACAUUACACUUGUUUGACACGAGUGUUUCUUUAGUUAAAGUUAUCUAAACUUAUUUUUUUUUAUUAGAUGUAUAAAAGUUUUAUAUUUUCAAAAGUAUCGCGAUUCUAACAAUCUUUCAAUUAUUAUUCUCAUGAAUUGUAUAAUGUAUAAUAUAUAUUAUUACUAUUGAUAAAUUUUUAUUCUUUUCAAACAAGUAUUUUUAAUUAUUUUUUGUUACUUUUUCUAUGUUCAAUCUAAAUAUAUCUAUUGAAGAUACAUAUUAUGUAGUGUUAUAUUUUUGUUAUCAUGCAUAAGAUUAUAAGAACAUUUGUGUAUCAAUGCCCUUUUUCUUAUUGUAUUUCAUUUCAUUUCAAUUAAAUAUAAGUUAUUUUCUUCAAUUUUAAUCUGGUUGGAUGACUUUAAAUGCGAAUAAUUUAUGUAAUGUAAGUAUACUGUGUAGAUACAUGAUAUGCGGGGAGAAAAUGAUUUUUUUUUAAUUUUGAUAAUAAUAUUACAAUUAGUAAUAUAAAUCACCAAUACUGUAUAAAGUUUUCAAGGAAAACCAAUAAAUUAUAUUUUCAUAGAA